AUGCUAGGCGAAGAAAAUCAAGACUCAUCUGCAAACACCAAGAUGGACGUCAAACACGAUCGGUCGAGUCGAGACGUCGGCCACAGGGGAUCUGUCAUAUCGGCGACUAAGUCGACGAAGAACGGACUCGAAGAAGCCCCGAAUACCGCUGCCGACUGGGAAACUUUGCCCUUAGACGAAUUGGCAGAAAAGGCAUUACUAAGAAAGCUUGACCGUUGGAUUGUCCCUCCGGUCAUGCUUCUAUACCUUCUCAGUUUCUUGGAUCGUGUCAACAUUGGGAAUGCUCGGUUGUACGGUCUGGAGGAAGACCUGGGUCUAGAGGGAAACCAGUUCCAGAUUGCUGUUUCUGUCCUCUUCGUUACUUACAUUUUGUCCGAAACACCUUCAAACCUCGUCAUCAAGUACUUCACGCCGAGUCGCUACCUUGCCUUUUUGACGCUCGAAGGCCUGACCAUCUACUUGACCAUGUUUUACACCAAGCGCGAGUACGCUCUCAGGAUCGGCUAUCUCUUUGUCUCCGCCGCUAUCGCCGGAUCAAUGGGUGGCCUGCUUGCCUACUGCAUCGGCCUGAUGGAUGGUGUUGCCGGUCUGCGUGCUUGGCGUUGGAUCAUCAUCAUUGAGGGCAUCCCCACUGUCAUCCUGGGCGUCACAAUAUGGUGGUGGCUCGCAGACACACCAGAUACCGCCCACUACCUGUCGAGCGCAGAAAAGGAUCUCAUUGAUGCGCGCCUGCGGCGGCAAGUCGGUCACACAAAAUCCGGGGAUGAGUUCCACAAAGAGGAUGCCAUCGCUGGGUUCAAGGACCUCAAGAUCUGGCUCUUCUGUCUCGGACAGUUUGGUGGUGACGUGAUCCUUUACGGGUAUUCAACAUUCUUGCCUACGAUCAUCAGCGGUCUUGGUGAUUGGGACAGGCAGCAAGUUCAGGCUCUUACAAUUCCUUGCUACGCCACUGGUGCCAUCACCUACCCCCUUGUGGCGUGGCUGUCAGACCGCAUGCAGAGACGAGCCAUGUUUGCUGUCGUUUCCGGGCUCGUUUGUACUGUGGGGUAUGCUAUUCUUGUCAGCAACGCAUCCGGAGGUGCAAAGUAUUUCGGCUGCUUCCUCGGCGCCAUGGGCCUCUACGUUGUUGUUGGCAUCCCGCUCGCCUGGCUGCCUUCGAACAAUCCCCGAUACGAAAAGCGUACAGUUGCCUCUGGGCUACAGCUCACGAUUGGAAACUCAGCCGGCAUACCAGCUCCGUUUCUGUAUGCCACUUCUGAUUCACCCCGAUUCAUCAAAGGUCACGCCAUCAGCAUGGCAUUCGUUUGCAUGUCAUCGGUUAUAUACAUGUCAUUCUGGGCAUACUUCAAGUUCCUCAACAAGAAGCGUGAUGAGGGGAAGGAAGACGAGAAAGUAAGAGGCAAAACGGAAGAGGAAAUCCGGGAGAUGGGGGAAUACAAUCCCAGGUUCCGGUACACAUACUAA